GUAGUUACAUGUUCAGACCCGGAAGUGGAGAAAACACGUGACGCUGCUGUGUGAGGCUCGGUGAGCUGCUGUGGCACGGCUCGGAUCACUUUGGACCGGUUCGGCUCUGGUUCAGUGUCUUUUUCGGUGUGUGACGUCAUGUCGUCGGUGGACUGUGAACCUGGACAGUUUGAUGACGCAGAGGAGGACAGUCCCUGCAGUGUCCAAUCAGAGCUGUCGGCUGUGACCAGUCAGCUGAGUGAUGUCACUCUGCAGCCUUCAUCAGACCAUCAGCAGGAAGAGGAGGAGGAUGAUGAAAAUGAAGAUGAUGAUGAUGAGGAGGAGGAGUGGGCGUGGCGUUCAUCAGGAGGUGAUCUGACCAAAAGAUACAACAGGACGUCUCAGAGCUGUCAGUCCAACAGACAGAAUCCGUCCAAUAAGACGCUGCCGUCGAUACCAUCUGACAAAGCUCUGAGGAAGUACGAACACAAGAUCAACCUGGAUAAACUGAAGUACGCCGACUCUGUGAUCAAUAAAGUGACGAGCAUGCAGAGACAGAAAGACGCCGACACGUACAGGAUGAAGGACAAAUCAGAUCGAGCCACGGUGGAACAGGUUUUAGAUCCUCGAACUCGAAUGAUUCUGUUCAAGAUGUUGAGUCGAGGAAUCAUCAGUGAGAUCAACGGCUGCAUCAGCACCGGGAAGGAGGCUAAUGUUUAUCAUGCCAGCACGUCAGCAGGAGAGAACCGAGCUAUCAAGAUCUACAAGACCUCCAUCCUGCUGUUCAAGGACCGAGACAAAUACGUCAGCGGAGAGUUCAGGUUCCGUCACGGUUACUGUAAAGGAAACCCCAGGAAGAUGGUGAGAACCUGGGCAGAGAAGGAGAUGAGGAAUCUCAUCAGGCUGCAGACGGCAGGAAUCCCAAGUCCAGAACCUCUCCUCCUCAGAAGUCAUGUUCUGCUGAUGAGCUUCAUCGGGAAAGACAACAUGCCAGCUCCUCUGUUGAAGAAUGCCUCCUUGUCGGAGUCGAAGGCUCGGGAGCUCUACCUGCAGGUUCUACAGAACAUGAGGAAGAUGUUCCAGGAAGCUCGACUCGUCCACGCCGACCUCAGCGAGUUCAACAUGCUGUAUCACGAUGGAGACGCUUACAUCAUCGACGUGUCACAGUCGGUGGAACACGACCAUCCACACGCUCUGGAGUUCCUCAGGAAGGACUGCAGCAACGUGAACGAGUACUUUGUGAAGCGUGGUGUGGCGGUGAUGACGGUAAGAGAGUUGUUUAACUUCAUCACCGACCCAUCGAUCACCUGCCACAACAUGGACCAGUACCUGGAGAAGGCCAUGGUGAUCGCAGCCGAUCGGACGUCGGAGCAGCGAUCAGAUCAGGACAGAGUGGACGAGGAGGUGUUUAAGAAGGCGUACAUCCCCCGCACGCUGACCGAGGUGAGUCACUACGAGCGAGACGUGGACCUGAUGAGGACCAAGGAGGAGGAGUCUGCCAUCUGCGGACACGACGACAACGUUCUGUAUCAGACGCUGACCGGACUGAAGAAAGACUUAUCUGGAGUUCAGACGGUUCCGGCUCUGCUGGAGGAUGACCAGCCUUCAUCACAAUCAUCAUCCUCAGAGGAGGAGGAGGAGGAAGAGGAUGAGCGGGGGGAGGAGGAGGAGGAGGAGCAGGAGAAGCAGGGGGAUGAAGCCCAGAUGGACAAAAAGGAGAAGAAGAAGAAGGUAAAGGAGACUCAGAGGGAGAAGAGGAAACACAAAGUACCCAAACACGUGAAGAAGAGGAGGGACAAGGUGUCCAAAAUGAAGAAAGGAAAGUGACGACUUCCUGUUUGUCAAUAGCCACGACUCAGUCCUGAACUACAGCCGAACUACAGCCGAACUCCUAUAGUACCACAGAGACCCUCAGGCACGAACUUCCUGUUAAAGUUGUGAAGUUGUAAAAACCUGGACGAGAUUGUUUCAAUUCUCAGAAUGUUUAUUAAGUUUUGACUUUACAUUGUUUUUGUUUAAAAUCUGUUGAUAAAAACAUUCUGACAUCAUGA